AUGAGCGAUAACGUUGAUGCUGGUGGUGUGGUUGCCGCACAGCCACUGCUCCGUCCGCUCCUGCAUAACUGGGCCAAGGGAGAGCGCCUUGCUUUUCUUGAGGGGUACAUCUCUGACUACAAGGAGGGAUUGCUUAGCAAAAAAAAGUCUGCUUCUGUUCUUGACGCCAUCGUAAACCAAUGGUUCACCCGCUUCCAUUGGUCCAUUCCACUUUCUGCCAACGAUAAUGCGACCGCCACUGUCUUCGCUCUCGACAGCCAAGGCCAUGAAAUCUUGGGUUCAGCCGACUCGAUUCUCAAGGGCCGAGUAAUCGAACGGGCGCGUACUUCUCUCUACCAUUGGUACGAAUACCGCUGCAAACGUAUGACCUCGCUGCUCCCUCGUCCAUCCAAAGGGAAGAAGGAUAAUCUGACCCUCCUCGUGGAGAAAUUUCUCGGGCGUAGCGCCUCGUCGUCUAGGCGUAGCGCAGGCUGGGAGGUAUGGGGAAAGGAACAUUUCCCAUCAAUGAAGGCAGACUUUGAGGCAGAAUUCGCUGCGAGCGGUAGACCCAAAUCAGCGCGGUUGCUGGAACCAGCAGAAGCUCAAGCUGUUUACAACGAGCUGCCCAAUCUGUUCGGAACGUUAAUCCACGUCAUCGGCGAGGCAGUUGGUAUGCAUAUCACAGUCCUGAUCGGCGGUCCUGAACCGAAAAGAAAGGGGCAGCUGAACAUGGUUGGGCUCAGUAUUCAUGCCGGCGAAAACAAAGCCCCCAUCCCAAAAGUGUGGGCACAUGCCGAGAAAGAGAAAUUUGCCGCAGUCUCGGAAGUGUUCCUGACUUUUCUGUCGACCUGUUACACUGCCGACGAGCAGCGCGCGCGUGCAUUGCCUCAACCAGUAACCGACGCUGAUCCUAUGCAUGCUGGCCCAUCCUCCUCAACCCCUGCGCCAGACCCCUCCACCGAAAACUCAACCAAGCCCUCUAAUUCCUCGGGGUUAGCAGACAGUGGACGCAAGCGGAAGAGAAGCGCGGAAACGAACGUGAAGAAGGUCCAGAAGAGUCGGCUCAAGGCCAAGAAAGGUAGUAUUGCAAAGAAGAAGCCGACUAAACGCCGCAAAACGACAGCCGACGCUGAGGCAUCAGCGACCGAUUCUGCUUCGGAGGAUUCGGAUCCAGAGCACUCAGGGGAGGACGAUGACGAAGACGAGGACGAGGGGGAUGAGGAUGAGGACGAGGACGAAGAUCAGGACGAGGAUGAAGACGAGCCACAGACAAUGACCCGCAAAAGCACCAGGAACACAAGCAUGGAUCCGAGGCGUUGGAAGGGUGCCAAAGCUGACGUUGAUACCAUCAAGAUCAACGUCAGCACUGCCUUCCCAUCUCCAUCGAACACUUCUGCGUUGCCAUCUCCGCCGACUGCUCAUUCCUUGCCGUCCCCCCCAGUGGAUCCCCCCGUUAUCCCGCCUCGCACUCCUUCCAUGCCUGGCGGCUCGCUAUUGGCAACUUCCCCUCCACCAGCUCCUUCGUCUAACGACAGCCCGACAUCUGUCUCCGGUGCACAAGCGUAUGCUUCUUGGCCACCAGUGGCUACCACCUUUAUCAUAAAACUAAGGCACUUGCCUGUAGAGCUGCCUUUCAUAGGUAUUUCAUUCACUGGGUUAGGUGUAUUCAUUGCCUUUUUCAUAAUUAAUGGAAUUUUGGGCGCUUUCAUUGCUUUUUUCAUAAUUAAUCCUGUGUGA